UGACCAAUCAGCUGUGCCUGGUGACGCGAGUGACGUACUCCCGCCAAUUCGGACUGAGAAGCGCGAGGCGGGCGGCGGAGAAGACGAGCGGAAGAAGCAGUCAGCGUGAUGGCGGCGGAAACGGCAUCUGUGGAAGGACUUUUACCUGCCUCGACACCCCGAAGACGAGGUAUUGGUCGUAAAACAAGCAGCAAUGCCAACAAGAAACUAGUACAAGCUCGCCUGCCUUUCAAGCGUCUGAACCCUGAAGGUCAGGAGAAGGACGUGUCCAAGCGUCCUCGUCCACACGCGUGUCCUGAAGCACACCAGUCCGACCGAGAGAACGCCAACGAGUCGUCCCCGCUCGCCGUGCUCGCGAAAACCCCUUUGGUGGACGGUCGAGGCCCCCUGGAUUGCUUCCUGAGCCACAGACGCCCCUCGGCUCCAGACCAGGGCAUCAUCGACCUGACUGAAGACACCUUGUCUCCUGUCAAGUCCUUCACGUCAGAGGCGGCUCCUGCCUCAUCCGUGAAAGACCAAGCAACAACCUGGUCCCCCAGGAAGACCAGCAGUGCAGACCAUCCGGCUGCCAAGCAAGAACUAGCCAAGGAGGUGCAGGAACAAGACAAUGCAACAACCUGGUCCCCCAGGAAGACCAGCAGUGCAGACCAUCCUGCUGCCAACCAAGACCUAGCCAAGGAGGUGCAGGACCAAGACAAAGCCACAACUUGGUCCCCCAGGAAGACCAGCAGUGCAGACCAUCCUGCUGCCAACCAAGACCUAGCCAAGGAGGUGCAGGAACAAGACAAAGCAACAACCUGGUCCCCAAAGAAGACCAGCAGUGCAGACCAUCCUGCUGCCAACCAAGACCUAGCCAAGGAGGUGCAGGACCAAGACAGUGCGGACCAUCCUGCUGCCAAGCAAGACCCAGCCAAGGAGGCCCAUGACCAAGACUUGGCACAGCUCAAUACCACACGGGAGAGUGAGGGGGAGGAGCUGAAGGUGUCCCACAAUGUCUCCAGUUUGGGGCAUGUGUCCACGCAGUCACCAUCAUCCUGCACUUCCACACCUGAGAGCUCACCUGAGAGGAGCAAGCCUGAUGGACUCACACCAAGCAGCACACCUUCAGAGCCAGCAAACACUCCUAAAGUCCCUGCAGAUCAGAAAAGGACGAAAAGACGCUCGUUAAAGACUCAACAGGAGCAAGAGUCCAGGCUGCGUGUGCGCCAAGAGAGGGAGCGGCUGAAGGAAGAAGCCAAAGCUGCCAAAGACAAGAAGAGGGAAGAGAGCCGCAGGCUGAAAGAAGAGCGCGAGAAGGAGAGGCGUGAGAAGAAGGAGAAGGAAGAGCAGGAGAGACGGGAGAAGAAGGAGAAAGAGGAGUGGGAAAAGGCAGAGAGGGUCAAAGCGAAGGAGGAGCAACGCAAAUCCAAGAUAGAGGCCAAGCUGGAGGAGAAGCGAAAGAAAGAGGAGGAGAAGCGCAUGAAAGAAAAGAAAGAGCGCAUCAAAGCUGAAAAAGCAGAGAUCACCAGGUUUCUGCAGAAAUCUAAAAUCCAGCAGGCUCCAAAGACUCUGGCGGCUGCCUGUGGGAAGUUUGCUCCCUUCGAGAUCAAAGAAAACAUGUACAUGGCGCCGCUGUGCCGGGUUGAGUGCGAGGAGUCAGCCCUGGAGGAGCUGGACCGCUACUUGUCGCACCCCACUGACAGACCCCGCUCACUGGGGGACUGGAUCAACCAGAAGCCUCGCCGGUCAGGUCCUACCAGAGCCAGAUUGCCCAACACUGUUAGGGACUGCAUAGCCGUGGAUGGGCCCAAAGGAGAAGGCGUACCGGACCGCCAACAAUAUGGACCCAUGAAACUGCUGCUGUUUCACCUGAACCACCGACCAGCUUACUGGGGCACUUGGAGGAAAAAGAGUCGGCACAUCACAGCGCGCUGCCCCUUCAGGCAGGACAAGGACCUGUUGGACUAUGAGGUGGACAGCGAUGAAGAAUGGGAGGAAGAGGAGCCUGGAGAGUCCCUGUCACACAGUGAAGGGGAGGACGAGGAGGAAGGAGGUGAGGACGACGAGGACGAGGACGACGGCUUCUUGGUUCCUCACGGCUACCUCUCAGACGACGAAGGGGCGCUGGAAGAAGAGGAGGGCGGCGACCUGGAGAAGCAGAAACUGCAACAGAAAGUGAAAGCGAGGGAGUGGGAUGAGCUGAUGUCCACCAAGAACAAGAUGAGGGUGUUGCAGCCAAUCGUGAGGGGCUGCGUCUGGGAAGGGGGAGACGCAGCCUUCUCUGACCUCCUCCAGUCCUACGCUGUCUGCAUCAUCCAACCUUUAGUCAAGGCGGACGCCAGCCCCAGUUCGGAUGAUCAAAGGCAGAAAUUGCUUGGUCAGCUGCUGCCGCUGCUACACGGGAACCUGAACAGCAGCAAAGUCAUCAUCGACGAGUUUCAAGAGUUUUGUCGCCGGCAGACCUCGCCCCCCAUGUUGUCCACAGAACUGUCCAGUCCAGAGAACUCCGCGGACGUCCCCACUCGGAUCCAGGUGAAGCGUCUGAUCAAGAGCAACGCCGUGUACGAGAAGCGCUCCACUUACAGACGCUGCUGCUGGUACGUUCACGCUGACGUGCUGACUCGCUUUUCCCUGGACACUCUCCCUGUGCCGGGCCACUGGUCCUACCUGAUCUGCGGCGCUCGAGAGGAGUCCUCCCGUGAAGAGAACCACGUGGCCACCGGCUCCCGGGGGAACUCCCCCAGCACACCCCAGACCUCCUCCGCCACCUGGGCCGCCUCCAACAAGAGGAAGAGCGCCGGCAGCAUGUCCAUCACCAAAUUCAUGAAGCGCUGCAGCGAGCAUGAACGGGCGGAGGAGGCUGACGGUUUUCAAGCUGACACAGAAGAUGAUGACGACUGCAUCAUCGUCUCUACGCAGAGCGGUUCAGUCAGAGAGAAGUCGUCCACCGAAGGAGAAGACCUGAUGGACGUCACACCCUCCAACAUGGCCACUCUGCCGCUGGCCAGCGCUGCUCCCACUUUGGCCCCAGCCUAAGAACUGUUGGCCCCAGCCUAAGAACUGUUGGCAGUGUGCUGCUCCAGGCUGCUCCCAGGUCACAGGUGUGUUGAAGACGCGCACAGGUGUGUUGAAGACGCGCACAAGUGUGUUGACCACGCGCACAGGUGUGUGUGGACCACGCGCACAGGUGUGUGUGUGGACCACACGCACAGGUUUUUGCGAACUACGCGCACAGGUGUGUGUGUGCGGACCACACAAACAGGUGUGUGGACCACACACUUGCUGUGACAAGUAGAGCAUUAUUUAGGGUCCCACACACAACCCCUUGUAUUUGUGUAUAUAAGACGCAUUCUUUCCCACCCUGGACAAGCUCGUUGUGUACCUGCACAGGUAGAGCCAGUUAACAGAUGUUUUAUAAGAUGUAUUGUCUCUGUUGUGGAAGAAUACUUGAAGAUAAAGUUCAUUAAAUCGGAAGAA